GUCAAGAGAUUGAAGAUGGCGGCGAGCAGGAGGCUCCACAAGGAGCUUGAAGAAAUCCGCAGAUCUGGAAUGAAAAACUUCCGGAACAUUCAAGUUGAUGAAUCGAAUAUACUGACAUGGCAGGGCCUCAUUGUUCCAGAUAACCCUCCAUAUGACAAAGGGGCAUUUAGGAUCGAGAUUAUCUUUCCAGCAGAAUAUCCAUUCAAACCCCCAAAGAUCACAUUCAAGACGAAGAUCUAUCACCCCAACAUUGAUGAAAAGGGGCAGGUCUGUCUGCCUGUUAUUAGUGCAGAGAACUGGAAACCAGCCACCAAAACUGACCAAGUUAUUCAGUCGCUUAUUGCCUUGGUGAACGACCCACAGCCGGAGCACCCCCUGAGAGCCGACUUAGCAGAAGAAUACUCAAAGGACCGUAAAAAAUUCUUUAAGAAUGCAGAAGAGUUUACAAAGAAACAUGGUGAAAAGCGGCCAGUGGACUAAUAACACCUGACAAGUGUGUAGCCCAUCUCCUCCCAAACGUAAAUCCUCCUUUUCUCCUUUUCCACUCCUUUCCUUCCUCUCCUAACUUGGUUCCUCUCUCUUGCCUUUCCUGAUUCCUUACACAUGUCAGUCUAGCAGAGCUGGAGAAAUGCAUCAUGGUUGCAGCCUCCAUCUGAAAGUGGGACUCUGUGUGGAUCUCUCACCAGAUUCUUUGCCUGGUGUUAGCUCAAGGCCCUUACUGAGGUUCUGUUCAGUUCUUUUUAGUUUAAAAGUGGAAACGUGAAAGUAAUCUCAGAAAGAAAGUGAAGAAAUUCUGUAAGUAGUAUCCUGGUAUUGAGUCCUGUGAUUGAAAUUCUUAUUGCAUCAGUAUGCACUUGUUUGAUCUAAAUUAAGAUGUAACAUUUGUUCAAACAGAUAAAAUUGUGUAAUUUAUCGUGUAUAUUUUAGUUCUAAUGCCCCGUCCUCAUAUUUGCGCUCUAUAAUUUUCAAUAAUGUCUGAUGUUUAGAAAAUGUAUAAGUUGAUGGAGGUUACACAGCUUGUUCCUGGAAGAGUGUGAUGAUAUUUUUUCUGAUCUUUUUACUUUCACUGCGCUUACUGAGUUGCACUGUGUCCUAAGAGACGACGGCCCUCUAUCUGCUCCUGACACACCUUGGAUCACUGAGUAGUCGACACCUAGAUGCCGAUGUUGUUAUAUACUCUGUUUCACAAUGAAAAAGAAAGGAUAAACCUGAUCUUUGAUCUUUGUGUGAAUGAAAAAUGUUAUUGUGACUUCUGAUUUUAAAAACACCAUUUAUUUUAACAUUA